UUUAUUUUUUAUUUUAUUUUGUUAUUUAAUUUUUGCCUUAUUGUUGUUGAGUUCGUUCAGUGCUCACCAACAGAAGCAGCUGAAGAAAAAGGUGACUGCACAGCAAAGGUAGCGAAUAAAGUCAAAAGGCGGAAUGGUUUUCACUCUGAUCAAACUGUGAAGGAAUCGAGGAAGGAAGGGUUAGGGUAAGGGUAAGGGUUGAGAAGACAUAUAGAACAAGUCAAUUCAAAUGCCGGAAGAGGAUUUGGUUGACAUCAAGUUUAGGUUGUACGAUGGCUCCGACAUCGGACCCUUUAGGUAUUCAUCCGCCGCCACCGUCGAUAUGCUUAAGCAGAGGAUUGUCUCCGAUUGGCCCAAAGGUAAAACGGUUGUGCCAAAGUCAGCUAAUGAAGUGAAAUUGAUUAAUUCUGGUAAAAUCUUGGAAAACAACAAGACUGUUGGUCAAUGUAAAGUACCUUUUGGUGAAAUUGCUGGGAGUGUUAUAAUAAUGCAUGUUGUUGUACAGCCAUCUCUAGCUAAAACUAAAGCUGAUAUGAUAAUACCUUUGGAGCUGGCCACUUCAAUCUCGAAAAAAAAAGAAGGUUGAUGAUUCGCCCAAGAAGGUUGUCUGUUCUUGUUCCAUAUUAUGAAGACAGUCUAUGAGCUGGAUAUGCGUAUCCUUAUACAUCAUCAAUGACUCGUGAAUUGUAGAAAUCAUGUGCCUGGACAAACCUAUUUCAGCAUUCCUGUGUAAAGUACGUAUACGGGCAACUAUAUAUCCAUAGAAAAGUUUGUGUUAAUGGCGACUUCCGAAGAUGCUGUCAUUCUUUUAUUACAAGUACUACAGCCUUGACAUUGUAACCAUUGAUUGGUACUGUUGUGCAUCAAAUUGUUGUUUUGAAUUUGCAAUGACCUGCGUGAUAUCUUAUGUAUCCCAGAGUGCCUAAGCACUUGUGCAGUGUUCACUUUCUCAUUCUAUUUGUCUUCAUAUCACAUGGAUAAUUCACUCA